CGGCUUCAUCAUCCGUGCAUCGAAAUUACGCCGGCAUAUAACAAUUUUACAUCAAUAUAACAUUCUCAGAAAAUGGUAGCAAAACAAAGGAUCCGUAUGGCAAACGAAAAGCACAGCAAAAACAUCACGCAGAGAGGCAACGUUGCAAAGACCCUGCGACCUCAGGAAGAGAAGUACCCCGUGGGGCCGUGGCUCCUGGCUCUGUUCGUCUUCGUCGUCUGUGGAUCUGCCAUCUUUCAGAUCAUCCAGAGCAUCAGGAUGGGAAUGUGAUCCAGAGGUCCCACAAACUCUCCCCACACCCGCUCAUCAGACCUGAGGCUGCUCGCCACACUACGUACCUCCCUAACACCUCCAGGAGGCCUGGAGGUCCGGACAGCUCUGUGUCCAUCAGGGAAGGCCUGAGGGAUGAGUGGACCACCCCCAUCCCCCCUCGAUUUUCUCGAUCACAUGUUUACAGAGUUCCAGGCCGUGGAGAUGAGAGCUUUUCUACUGACAGUCUAAACCACAACCAAUGGCUGGCUCAAUCUCGUACAGAGUGUUUCACACCUGCUCAUAUGUGUGAGUGUGAGACUGAGUGAAUGUGUAUGUGUGUGCAGUCAAUGAUGUGACUGGCUGCUGUGCAAUACUGCUGUGUUUCUAUAUACACUCACCGGACAGUUUAUUAGGUACACCACCUUGUUCACAAAAAUGGAUCGCUCCUAUUGACAGUGACCAUGGCUUGCUAUAUAAAGCAGGCAGACAGGAAUCUAGACAUUCAGUUACUGUUCAAUUGAACGUUAGAAUGAGCAAAACAAUUGACCUAAGCGACUUUAAGCGAGGUAUGAUCGUGGAUGCCAGGCGCGCCGGAUCAAGUAUUUCAAAUGGCCGCCCUCCUGUGCUUUUCUUGCAUGACAGUGUCUAGGGUUUACCGAGAAUGGUGCGACAAACAAGAAACAUUCCGUCAGUGUUGGUGAAAACAGCUAGUUGAUGAGGGAGGUUGUAGGAGAAUGGCACGAAUUGUACAAGCUAACAGGCAGGCCACAAACAGACAAAUAAUGGCACAGUAUAACAGUGGUGUGCAGAACGGCAUCACGGAACACACAACUCCUCGAUCCUUGUCACGGAUGGGCUAUUGCAGCAGAUGACCAAACUGGGUUCCGCUCCUAUCAGCUAAAAACAUUAAGAAACGGCUCCAGUGGACAUGCGAUCACCAACACUGAACAAUUGAGGAGUGGAAAACAUUGUCUGGAACAUGACAGCAAGUUCAGUUUACUUGAGUAUCCUGCACAGUCCCCAGACCUCAACCCAGUAGAGCAUAUCUUGGAUGAGAUGGAACGGGGUUCCGACCCAGUACUAGAUGGAAGUACUUAAUAAAUGGGCCGGUGAGUGUAUAUCUGUGUUGUGAGAGAACCUUUUUCAAAUAAAUGUGACUCAUUUGGGA